AGACAAUCCCUCCAACCCUAGAGGAUGACCAGCCAUGUGACUUUCUCAAGAAAGGGAGUGGGGUGAACGAAUCCCAUCGGAAAAGCAGUUCCCUUUCUCGAAAAAGGAAACUGAUGACAACAUCUGCGGACGCCCUCGGUCAGCCAGAGGUCACGCACACGCUCACAUGGUAGCUGGGGGAGCGAGGUGCCGGCAGCUCCCCCGCCGUGUCUACAGCGUCUCUGGGGCGGCCGGCACGCGACGGGCCACGGUUCCAAGUCCUCCCUGUUCACGGGUGGAGAGGUGACACACUUUCAAAUGCGCCGUGUGGACAGACGGACCUCUGAGGUUUUCCAAAAGCUCGUUCAGCAGUGUUUUUUACCCCAUCGGACUUGUUCAUCCCCGGGUGUGGAGAAGUGCUCUUAUUCUUAGUAACAUGCCGUGUCCUAGCAGUAUGGAUGCUGGCCUGUCUUGGACUAAAGUGCCACGUGCGAAGAACUCUUCAGGAAAAAGACAGAGUAGUGAGCCCCAAGCCCCCCGCCUGCCCUCUGGACCCGAGAGCAGCCUCACGAGUAUCUCCUGGCCGGCCGCAGAGGAACCUGGAGGUCGCAUUUCCCCAGAAGGCAAAGUCGAAAGGAGCCCCCUGGAGGCCACGGGGAGCAAGCUGUUUCUCGCCGUGCGGUCGAUGGGAAUCCCGAGAGGAGAUGCGGAUGAGGACAGUGCCAGUGACCUCUCCGACUCGGAGCGGGUCCCCGUUGCUCCUUCCCCGUGCACGCCUCCAGAUCUCCGUCUGCGAGCAGAAGAAAUUGACCCAGCCUGCUUUGACCUGGACCUUCACCCGGGUCAGGGCCACGCGAGGGUCCAGCACCGUUACCCCGACUUCCUCCCGCCACGGUGCAGCUCCUGGGACCUGCGGGGCAUGGCCAUGCUUGUGCAUGGAGAGCGCAGGCCCGGCGCCGUGCCACGCGCAGGCGGGCUGCUGGGCAGGUACGUGGACCGGCUGCUUCAGCUUGAAUGGCUGCAGAUCCAGACUGUCCAGGGUGAGAGGGCCAAGGGCGGGAAAGCCCGGCUGCCUGCUGCCCCUGGGGGGCCCCUGCAGAGCCCAGGGCGAGGCAAGCUCCUGGCUGGGGCUAUGUCCAGGCCCCCCCAGGACGGGGCCCCCAAGUCAGUCCCCUCGAGAAAGAAAGGUCUUCCCCGCACCCAGGGCACUCCGGCCUGUUACCCCUUUGAGACUCCCCCCAAGCCCCUUGAGGUGCUGGGUGGUAGCAGGCUGGGUUCUCAGAAGCAAACCCUCGACAUGAGGACCGAGGAGAAGAAGAAGAAAUGCACUAAGAGCCCCCGGCCGCCGCACUGGCACCUGGCAGGCGGUGACAGCAGCCUCGCCAUGGAGAGCAGCGGCAACAUCCGAAUCCCCAAACAGCCCGCAGGGACUCCGGACUCCACGGAGGCCCACAAGGCCUCCAAACCCCAGGCGCACGCACAUCUUAAGAAAAAAGGAACUGCAAACAGCUGCGGUCACGCCUCCCUGUCUGGGGAGAAAAAACUCAAAACAAAUGGAGGGAAGCAAAACACACAUAAAUUCAAAUAACGUCCGAGAUGGUGGGCUGUGGAGACCGGCAGGUGCCGAAGUACCAGAACUCUUCCAAACGCAGCAAUACUGUGAAUUUUAGGAAAUGUUACGAAAACUGCCACACGAGGAGUCCACUGGUCCUGUAGUCCACCCUGCCCCCACCCGGGUUAUUGUCACAAACACCUGUCUUGCAGGGAGUCCCCUUUCACAGUCUCAAGCAAAGGACAGCCCUUUGGAUGAAAAUUAGCCAAGGCCUGUGCCAUGUGAAGGAACAAAGCGACGACUCUCUGGGGGAAGAGUCGCCUCUGCUGAACCAGCAGGCGUGCGGAGAGCAGCACUGGGGACGCUCAGCUGCCCCCCGCUGUCCCUGUCCGCAUGUAGGAAGCAGCACCAGCAGUUUUCACGUGCAGGCCCCUUGCGUCCGACUCAGUCCCAGGAGCUCGGCUCCUCUUCAAGUUGGGGGUGUGCAUUCUGAGCAGGGUCUUUCAUCACGAAGCUACCUACUGUACAGAGACCGCAGAAUCUAAUGUUUUCAUACACUUUCCCUGAUGUGGGUUUAAAAAGAAAAAAAAGAGGCAACUUCAUCGUAGAGCUGGCGACUCCCCGUGUCCUCUCAGCGGAGCACAAAGGUGUGCGGCCUGUUGGGUGGGGACCUCGGUGGGGUGAGGUGGCACUGCUGUCUGCUGGGGCAGCUGGGAGUCCGCGGCGCCCCAGCCCUCCUGCAGAGGUGCCCAGGAGAACCACUGUGCGGAGUUUGUGAACGAAGGGUCCACUCUGGAGAAACACAUGGAACCGCUCUGAAUGGAGCCAGUUACUGCGUCACUGCUCUGGGACCCGCCUCCCGCCGUCCGUGGUCAAAACAGUGAUCUUUCCGGUCGGCACGAGCAGCGGUUCGGAGCCUCGCCGGGGCAGGCUGGGCAGCGGGGAUGCGUUCCUGCCUGUCUCCUAGCCGGCCCUGCGGCUUCCUGAGGCCUCCUCCCGUCACCAUCACUGCAGUUAAGUAACAUGCAGCUGGCCCUGGGGCUGUGCCUCGACCUUCUGCUGACAUUCUCGGACAGCUUUGAAGCCUUCAUUGGACUACUUCUCGCUGUACGGUGUGUUUUAAUAUUGUAGCUGAUCGUACCCCUUCAAAUGAUUAUCCUAUUUUCUAUUGUUUUAUACAACGUGUUUCCCUUUUUUGCAACUUUGGGGGCAAAUGAAAAAUGUGGCACUUUUCACUUGAACAUACAUCAUGGCCUGCAGCUGUGUCACCCAGCAGUCAGCGUCAUGCGGGGCACAUCGUGAAUGACAGUGUAAGGAGGAGAUAGAUACACAUAAUUAGAACAUCCCGUGUUGAAACGUUACUUCUGGCCGCACGAAACAAUGUAUAAAAUGUGUUUGGCAGCCCUUCCCCUCCCAGACUCCACUUUCAGGAACGUGCAGCUCCUGCCUCACGUCCUGUACGCCCAGCCCGCCUGGCUGGGGAAAUCGUGCUCUGGCCUGAGGUCCUACACCUCUCCCUGGGGACAAAGGCUGGACGUCUGUGGGCGUCACCUCCGUCGCCCCCAGGAUAGCAUCCUUUUGUUCCCGGGAUGUGAACUGUGUUCUACAAACACAGAGCCACCCUUACUUCCCUCUGUGUGCGUCCCCAGUGGCACCCUGCAUGUCCAGGGCCACCUGCUCCUUGUGAGCAUGGGUGGGUUAGUCCUUCCUCCCUGCUGGCAGCGAGCCCCCGAUCCUCCCUCUGCCGGAUUUCCACACAGCUCUUCAGGAGUUUCAGGGCUGAUAAAUCCCUGCAAGCCGAGCACACACUCCUGAUGUUAACACGGAAGGGUUCACACCUGCCCCCGGAGUAUCCGUGUGGGCACUCCUGGGGCCCCUGCAGGGUGAGGCCCACGUGGCUGGCUUUGCUGGCCUCGUGUGUGUCUGGGCUGAAGGCCACGAUGCUUAAGAAAUUCAGAGGUAACACCAUGAAUGCUGCAUUUGUCCCUUGCUGUUGAAUCGAAGGGUGUUGCUUCAUUUGGGGACCAGUCAUGAGGUCGAGUGGCAGUUUUAAAAGCCUGGAAAAGUGACUCCACUCAUCUGUGUGUUUCCUCAGGCUGGUGGUUUACUUUUACCCAUGUUACUGGGUCGGGAUUGGAGCUGCCGGUGACUGGCGCAGGUCCACCAGGGGACACACGCAGUCUCGGCAUUGUGACUUGAGAAGUGUGACUCGGUGUUGUGACUCGGCGUUGUGACUUCCAGGUGGAUGAUGUUGGAAAGGGAAGCCGUGAGCUCAUUCAGCUCACGUCUAAGCCACUGAGUCUCUUGCCAAUCUGGCGACAGAGGCCACUGUGUUUCUGAGAAGUCCCGCUCAUUUCUGGGGAGUUGUUUACAUAUAAAGUGCAUUUAAACCAAGGAAAACAGCCCGAAGUGUAAAAAAAUAAUGACCAAAAAAUUUUAGAGAAUGGAAGAACAUCAGGCUUAGAAUCGGUUAGUGGGGAAAUUUUUAAAAAUGUACGAAAAGUGAACUACAAAUCUAUACCAGUAUUAUCUGCAGUUGUUGAGGCUUGGACUGUUUCUGGAAUCUGGCUGCAGGGUUAUAACUGACUCAGCAGGGGUGACAUCAGGGGCCUCAGACGGAAAGACAGACAGAGGCUGUCGCUGGCCCUAUGGAAGCUUAACAGCUAAAGGGAAGAUGGUUCACGGGGGCCCUCAGGCCUGGGAGGUUAGUUUCCAAAAAGAUGUCAGAAUCCCCCCUUCCACAGUACGCUAUGCAUGGCCUCCCACCUUCCUUUAUGCUCGCGUCCUUGCUCAGUUACAUGAAAACAAAACUCUUGGCAGUCGUGUGUUUCAAGGUGACAGAUGGGCAUUAUUGAUUACUUAUUCACGUACAUGUGCGGAGCACCAUUUCGAACAGCCUGGAAACACGCAGCGUGUUUGCUGUGGGGGCCACUCCUGUGCGAGCGCUUGGUUUUGUCCGCAAUAAAACCAGUGCAUCGAA